AUGUACGUAAACAAACGACGCACCUUUGAGAAAGUACCCAACAAUGCCGAGUCGGAGGCAUACUUUGUGGAAGUUGUUGGGAUUAAUCCCAACGUUGGCGGCAAAUUCACGUCGCCACGUAGAGGAUGGACAACUUGCGAGGCUUUUGACCCGGACACCGGGGUUAAGUGCUCUGUGGAAGCCCGUAGGCCCUCUACAGAACGCUUUGCCCUUUGUGCGCGGCACAUCGUGGAAGAGAGGUCUCACCACCUCUUGCUCGUGAGGGAGUGGCUCUCCACAUACCCGUUUCCUGAAGGGAGCGAUGAAAAUGAGAAGCGGAUUCUCACCGGAAACAUCUACAAGAAGAUUACAAAGAUGGAUGCAUCAGACAGGUGGCAUACUGGGCUUCGUAAUGACUUGGUGGAUGCUUGGCUUGAGAUGCACCCUUUGUCUGAGCUCCUUGACCUCAUCUCAGCUUAUGAUAAUGAAUAG